AUGCCGCUCUCCAAGCGGAAAAUCAGAGAAUGGCCGAAUUGCUGGCGGCAAUGCAAAACAAGGAAGAUCGGAAAGAUAGCAAAAGAACAGACGCUGAACAACACGACGAACAUCAAUCGGAAUCCAACGCAAAGACUGGGGAGACACCCCCAAAAAAUGGAAGACGGUGAACCAGCCAUGACCCUAGCACCAUAUAAGGGGAUCUGGGAUCCUAAAGUCCACGUCACCAAAUUUGAGUCUAUGAUGUUCCUCAACAGUGACUCCGAUCCAAUCUUAUGUCGAUCUUUUCCUACGUUUUUAGAUGGAGCUGCCCUAUUAUGGUUUUCUAACUUGCUUGCAGGAUCCGUAACCAGUUUUGAUGACUUCGCCAAGAUGUUCAUUAAUCAUUUUGCAGCAUCUAAAAUCUAUGUGAGGGACCCGGAUUAUCUCAGCACAAUCAAACAAGGGCAACACGAAAGCCUGAAGGAUUACAUGACGCGCUUCACUAUAGCAGCCAUAGAAAUCCCCGAUCUCAACCCGGAAUUUCAGCUACAUGCCAUAAAAAGCGGUCUCCAACCCGGAAAGUUCCAGGAAGCUAUAAUUGUGGCAAAACCGAAAACACUGGAGGAAUUCCGAGACAAGGCCACCAGACAAAUUGAAAUAGAGGAACUCCGUGAAACACGAAGAAACGAACGACUACCAUCACGGAAGAAAGAUGACAGGCCGACGAGGUCAAGUAACAGAGAUUUUAAAAAGCCUUCUAAACUAACACCGAAAUUUGAUUCAUAUACCAGGUUCAACACCAGGAGAGAGGAUAUCAUCAAGGAGAUACUUCACAACCGACUUAUAAAGCCACCAGUCAAGGCAGGGACAUACCAGGAUCAGAAAUACGUGGACAAGAGCAAACACUGUGCAUUCCAUCAAAAGUUCGGCCACACCACAGAUGAAUGCGUCGUGGCCAAAGACCUACUGGAAAGACUAGCGAGGCAAGGGCUACUAGACAAGUACAUCGGCUCUAGAAAUCGGAAGGACAUAGCUGAGGAGCAAACCGAGAUAUAG